AUUUGAAUCGAGCAUUCGAAACGCUAAGUACUCGCGACCGCGAAUAUUUCAACUGCGACUUUAUUCAAGUGAUUUUUUUGAAGUUUUCUUCGCAAUAAUAUUUUGAAAAUGUCUCUUCUACCGUACCUGCUUGGUCACAACCACUACGCACCAGCCCGUUUACUUGACCAGGAUUUCGGAUUGGCGCUGACUCCUGACGACAUGCUGACUUUGGUGGCUGCACCUAUGCUCUCCCAGGACUACUACAGACCCUGGCGUCAAUUGGCGAAUGCUGCUCGCGAUAUUGGCUCCAACAUCAAGGCCGACAAGGACAAAUUCCAAAUAAACUUAGAUGUUCAGCAUUUUGCACCUGAAGAGAUUACUGUGAAAACGGCUGAUGGUUUUAUCAUCGUCGAGGGGAAACACGAGGAGAAAAAAGAUGAACACGGCUACAUUUCUCGUCAAUUCGUUAGGAGAUACGCCAUUCCAAAAGGAUGCAACCCCGAUACCGUUGAAUCUCGACUCUCGUCGGACGGAGUAUUAACUGUCACGGCACCACGACAAUCCUCUGCUGUGAAGAAUGAACGAAGUGUCCCAAUCCAACAAACCGGCCCAGUUCGCAAGGAGAUCAAGGACUCGACAGAACAACAUGAAGAGAAGACGGAAAAAAAUUAAAUAAAGUCAUUUAAUUUCCAUUGUGCGUGUUAAAAGGUACCACCUAUCUUAUAACAUUAUAUCAGACUGAUUUUAUUUGUAUUUUUUAAAUUAUAAAUAAAUUUAUUUUAAGUUCCUA